GGGUGGUUAGGUAGUCGGAUAGUCAGUGAGUAAGAGGGGGUAGAUAAAUUAAUUUUCGACAAUGGCUUUUGAUACGCCAAUAUUAUGACCUAAACUCGUCCCCUAUUACAAUUUCUAUUACACUAUAAUUAUUAGCUACUAUUUAGUUACAUUGAUAAAGAUCAACAUGAGAGAACGUUUAUAAUUUGGAAUUAAAUAAUAAUUUAACAGCUACAAGAAAAGAGAUCUUAAAACUUCAAUAGAGUAAAAUAGUUAUCUCCUUGAGAAAUUUAAAGGAAAUAUCAUUUCUCAUUGUAUUUGAUUAGAAAAUAACAAACAAACAAACAAACACUUUCCCUUUUCUAUCUCUCAUUAUUCAUUACUAUUGUAAUACCAGUAUAUAAAUGAAUACAAUAUACAAUAACAAUAAAAUAUCUAGAAAAUAAUUAACAUUAUAAAUGAAUAUUUACACACCAGAAAAGUUUAGAAAAAGACAGAAGUAGAAAUAUCCUACUGUAACUAUUAAAAACAAACUAAUUUUCUCUCAGUUUUUGUUGUUGUAUUAUGAAUUGUACAUUUAAAAUACAAUUUAUUCAUCAUCAUUGAAUAAUAAUAGUAAUAAUCAAAGUUUAAGAAACCAGACAUUGGGUCAGAAUUGUAUCCACUUCUUCAUUUCGCCUCUACAAAUCUCUACAUUGAUAACAGACGAUGAAAAUUGUUGAUUUGGUGACAGUUGCAUACUUUCAUUACUUACGUCUCUGAUCAUCUGAUUGAUAAAAGAAAGACUAAAGUUCAUCAUUCCACUUUCUACGUGUAUAUAUGUGCUUUGAUCAAAACAAAAAGGUUUCUCUCGUAAAAAAGAUUCACAAGGAAACGCAUCAUAUUUCACAAUCACACCUUGAGUUUCGAUUCAAAAUGACAACAAAUCAAGAUAUUAUCAAAACAUCGUCACUAUUUUCUGAUAAAUCUAUGAGCCUAAAAGAAAGUCACAGAUAUAUUUUAUCAGCACUAAAUGAUCAUACACCUAUACGAUCAUUUAAUGGUAGUUUUUCUGUUAAUCGUAAUAAUGAGAAUCAAACAGGAUAUUUUACACCUUGGUCACCUAUUGAAGUUACAUUCUCUGAAUGUACAUCUCAAUGCAAUUCCAUUUAUACUGUCGAAUCAAAUAUACAUGAAGAUAUAGUCAAGAAAAUGAGUUUACCUAACAAUGUUACAGUUAACAAGACUGAUAAUCCUCUUGAUUAUUCCAUACAUUCCAAUUUUAUUGAUUAUCAAUGUUUAACAUCUACCAGUCCGAAAGUAACAGCUCAUCAGCAAUCAAAUUACAAUCGCAAUUCAUCACUCGAAUUUUCGAACAGCUUCAAAUUUAAUCAUAACAAUGCAUCUUCCUUAAGGAAAUCAGAAUGCACUUCCCAACCAGUUGUAUGUUAUGCUACAAAUAAUGAAAAUGAUGGCGGACUUUUAUCAAAACGAAAGUAUUCUAAAAACCAUUCUAGUGUUUCUAGGAAAUACACUGGAAAAUAUAUAAAAGCAGGAAUCAACAAGAUUACGGGCCUUAAUCAACCUAAUGUAAUCAGUAUUCCUAUCAGUAAUAAUAAUACACAUAUCAAUGACAGGUUUGAGGUUAUUCACGCUAAUACUAUUAAUCAUUCAUUAACACAUAAUUUACUAAAGGAAACAUAUUCUUUAAAUCAAAAUACUGUAAAUGAAGAUGGGAAUUCAAUAAAUGGUAAAAAAUCGAAAUUAGAUAAAAAUUGUCCCACACUUGAAAAAAAUAGCGUCAACAAACAAACAAUAGAUAUGACUUUUUAUUCCACUCCCAAAGACAGCCCAUGGAACAAUGACGAAGAUGAACAAGGUAAAACUAACAGUGAUAAUCAAAACAAUGUGAAAAAUGCUGUUGUUUCAACAGGAGCUUAUAAAUAUUUAUCAUGGCGUGAAAAAGAUCGUAGACGAAGGUUUCGUGAAGAAUGGAAACAUUUAUGGCUUGUUAUACCACAUGGACUUCAUGAAGUUAUGUGCCUUAUUUGUCAUAAAGUUAUGACUCAAAGAAAAUUAGAUACAAUAAAACGUCAUGUUGUUAGAAGACAUCCAGAAUUAUUAAAAAUGUAUGAUCAUGAUAAAAGAGAAUUAUUUAAUCAAUUAAUUAAACAAUCUAAUUUAAUAGAUCAUACAAACAUCAAUUCAAUCAUAAAUAAUCCAUGUAAAUUCAUACAAAAAUCCAAUGAUUCAUAUAAAUGUAAUUUGAAUAGAAAUUUACCAAAGAUAAAAGAAUCUUCACAGAAACUUCUAUUCAAUACUUCUAAUCGGUUGAUGAAUCAAACAAGUAAUAGAAAUCUUUUUCUUAAAAAUAUGAAUCAAUUAAAUAAUAUUCCAUUAUGUUAUACACCAAAUUCACAAUCUGUAUACUAUAAGAGUAGUGAAGAUUCAGUUGAUGAACUUCAUGAGGUAGUCAAUUCAAAUGUUAAAAUGAAACAAUAUUUAUCUUCUGAUGAAAGUAAAUAUCUACCGAAAAUGUAUCAAGAGGUUAUAAACAGUUUUGAUUUCAAUCAUUUAUCAUCAGCAUUACCAGAAGAUUGGUUUAAUCUCUUAAAGAUUGCUGAAAGUCUAUUACCUAUUGUCAAAUCAUCAUCUGAUGGAUCAAUGGAUCCUCUUGAUUAUUCUAUACAUUCAAGUCAGCAUAAUCCUAUAGAAAUCAAUAUGCAAUUAUUAUCUUCUAAUAAUCAACCAGUAAAUACAUCAAUGAUUUCGACAGAAUCAUUAUUAUCUCCAAAUGUUCAAACUAUUAAUUGCUCUUCGUUUCGUCCUUUCUCUUCUUCUUCUAAAUCAUCCAAUUUAAAUAUAAAUUAUAGAAAAUCAUUUACUCCAAUGACAUAUAAAUCAAUGGAGCCAGUGAAUUCAUUACCGUUAUCAUCGAUUGUACAAACAAAAUCCUUUUCUAAUAUUCAAAAUUUAGACAAAUCCUAUGGAUUUAUGGAAUCAACCUCUAAUUCAUAUGAAGACACCAUUAAAACCAGUAAUGAAAGUUUAGCUGCAGGUAACUGUAACGUAAACUUUUUCAGUAAAAAUAUUCACGUUCAAAAUGACAACGAGAUAAACGAUUAUGACAGCAGUCAAAUGGCCAAAGGAUAUUUAAAUUCACAGUUUCAUUUAACAACGGAAUAUAUGGAGCAUGAUCAUAUUGUUAAUGAACUAAAUCAACGUUUAAGAGUAUCUGUAAAUACAACAACAAGUCAUGCAAACAGUACGUCAACUGGAUUUGAUCCCACGUUUUCAAAAGUUCCUAAAAUUGACGAGGCUCAGUCUUUAAUGAUAGCCGCUUUGUAUUCAGCUCUUGUGAAUUCUACUAAAAAUACAAACCAAUUAGAUAGUAAUAAUGUAUCUUUAAAUUUACAUAGACCAAUAUGUGAUGAAUCUGUAGGUAUGGAGCAGCCCCUCACACUUUCUUCCCCUUUUUCAAAUCCAAAACUCUUUAAUACUAGCUCACAUAUUCCCAAUACUUCUGAUGAAAUUAUUUUCUCUCGUCUAAAACAAAAGGAGAAACUUAAUAAUUACCCAAGUACAAUAGAUUCAUUGCAAUUGUAUAAUCAGGAGUUGGAGUUACAAUCACCGAAACAAAUGAAUCCAUCUCGUCAGUUAAAAUUGAAUUCAGAUUUGAAUAAAUUUACUAUCUCCUCUCUACUGAAUACAGAACAACGUCAAAUAACAACUCCAGUAUCAAAAGCAGAACAGAAGAGUGAUAAUCCCUGUCCUAAUAUACUUAGUAACUUAGAAAUACCUUCAUGUGAUAGCUCUACUGAUUCAUCAUCGCAACUUGACAACCAGCAAAAAUAUGAUAAAUUUAAAUCUAUUCCCGAGUGUAUUUCAUGCAUUCUUUGUAUGAUUCAUGACAUGAAUGUAGGAAAUUCCUCUAGCAUUACAAAUCAUAAUAAGUCGUGCAGAUUAAAUGUUGACAUUCCAAGUAACAUAUAUGCAAAAGAAGCCGAUUCAUACAAAAAAAAACAUACAGCGUUCACUUGCCCUAAAAAUUUGCCAUGUUCAUUUUAUAAUUCUGUAGAAAUUCAAUCCAAAAUUAAUACAUCUAACCAGUUUAACAAUGGUAAUUGUACUUCACAAAAUCAAAUACCAUUCAUACAUUUACUGGAUUCAAAUAAUCAACCCAUUCACGAAGUACAAACCUAUAUGAAAUGUUAUUAUGAUGAAUUGUUACGAAAUCAUUUCGAACAUAUUCAGAAAGAAAAUCAAUCCAGUGAAAAAGUGACAUCAUCAUAUUGUUGUAUACCAAUAAAUAAAGAAAACACUAUCUGUUUAAAUGGUAGUGAAGAUAUCUAGUUGAAUGAAUCCACUUAGUGUUUGGUGGUACAAAGAAAUACCUACAGCUAACUACAUGAAAACCUCUACGCAACAACAAACAGUUCUUCAAUAGAUCAAGUUAUAUUACGUUGUAUGCAAUCGAAUAUUGAAUAUCACAUUUUAAAAACACAAAAUUACUUAUCUGAUAACUCAUUUACGACUGUUUACUAUGAAAGUAAACAGUAACCAGGGGGAAAACAAAGUAAUGUAACAUAAUUGGGAGAGUUAUCACUAGAAUUAUGAAAUAUACUAAUAUCUGAUUUAUUUUCACUUAUACAAACAAAAAAUCGAUUAUAAUAUCCAAAAGUAACAAAUAUGUUCUAUCAUCAAAUAAAUUGUUGAUUCAUGAAUUUUGAUUUUUCCUAUACAAGAAUAGAGUUUUAUAAGUAAAUACUUAAUAUAUCUUUCAGUUAUAUUUGAGAUAUUUCUAUACAUUCUUGAUAGUAUUAUGUAUGAUUUAACAUUGAACUGAUGUAACUAAAAGUUAUAGUUCUAAUGGAUUGUUUAUUGAAUGAUCAACACAGAAAUAUUUCCACAUGUUCUCAUUUAGUUUUCUUCCAUAACAACACGUUUCUUUCUUUUCUCUCUCUCCCUCUCUCUCUCUCUCUUUCGUUAUUUUCCUUAAUUGUUUGUUGUAAAUUAUAAUCUUAUCAUUAUAUUAUUACUAUUUAUUUUAUGAUCAUUCCUUAAUUGUUAAAAUCAUUUAUUAAUUAUAAAUAGAAAUUUGUUGUUUCAGUUUAUCAGUAGUAGUAUUUUAUAUCUUCUCUUGUUAUUGAUUUUGUACAAGACUAUUUCCAUAGAAUCUUCUUGACAUACUUCUCUAUUGGACUUUCCAUCUAAUGUUGUUAUUGUUGUUGAAUAGUCUAAGUAUAAAAGUGAUAUGAUGCAUUGAACUAUAUGAAUUGUAUCGAAAGCGGUUUUUUGUGGAUAUUAUGGUAAUUUCAGUAGUUGAAAUCAUGAAUCAAUUGAAGCUAGAUCACCAUGAAAAAUUUGAAAGCACUGGACGGCCAUUUCGUACUACUGUGAAUAUUGCUUUGUUAAGAACUAGUUUUAUCUAGGUAUUGUUCAAGAAAUGUUCUAACAUAACUUCAAACUCGUUGGAUCUGAACAGUUUCUUUCUUUGUAUUCGAAUUUGUAGAUUUAUGAAUAUGUAACUGUAUUUUUUUUAAUUAUCUUUCUUAAUCUGAGAAAAGUAACACAAUAUUGUACAUUUUAUGUAUGGUAUACUGUACAUGGUGUUUUGUUUCUGCCAUUCUGUAAUGAAACAGAGUUGGCAACAAAGUUUAUUUUUAUCCACCAUUUUAUUUAUCUUUUGUUUGUUUGAAAAUUACUAUUAACUGAUUUAUUAUUUAAAGAGAUAUCAUGGUUUAUUUAGUGAAACUUGCACAUUUAAUAGUUUACUUAUUGUUUAGUAUAGUAGUGGGUUAUUAAUCACUGUGGAAUGUAAGGAUUUAAGGUAAAUAUUUUAAAUAAAUAAGAAAAACUUAAUCACGCGAAAUGGUCACUGUUUAAAAUCAUAAUCGCGACCGAAUUUCCUAUGGGACGGUAAAUUUUCAAUCAUGUAGAAUAGGUAGUAUUCUAAAAUAGUGCAUAUUUUUGUCGUGAGCUAAAAGACUGAAACAUCAUAUUUCAUAUGAGUUGAAAUACCUCAUCCUAUUUUAAGACUACAAAGCGCUUACUUACUUACGCCUGUUACCCCUCGUGGAAGACAAUAGUCCGCUCACCAGCACUCUCAACACAACCCUGUCCUGGGACAUUCUUUUCAGUUACUUCUUGUUGCUAUUCAUCGUAUUCGUAUCUGCUUCUAAUUCUCAGUGUAGUAUGUUCUUUGGCCUUCCUCCUUCACUAAUCCUCGCCCUUACGUCUACAUCAGAUCCCCCUUGUUCAUCGAUGACGCUACCCAGAUGCGCGAACGUUUCCAUGUCUCCCACAGUUUCUCCAUCAAAUGUGAUUGGGUUGGUGUUCUCCGUGUUGUAUUUGAGUAUCUUGCUUUAUCCCUUGUGUAUGCUGGGAUGUACUGAUGUAGAAACAUCUACUACACUGAUUGUUUUGACCUGAAUUCGCUAGUGUGUAUGGGAUAAAAGGAUCAGGUCAUCUGCGAAGUCCAAUUCGUGUAGUUGUGUACAAGCCGUCCAUUGUAUUCCGUGCUUCCUCUCAGAUGUUGAGGUUUUUACAAUCCAAUCAACCAUCACAAGAAGAAAAAGGAGAGAGAGUAGACAGCCUUGUCUGACUCCGGUCCUUACUUGGAAUGCGUCUGUCAGCUGUCUUCCAUGCACCAUUUUACACAAAACUCUUAAUUUUCGUUAUUCAGAAACAAUAAACAUGUCACCGACAUAAAAUCUGUUUCAUCAAACUUUACUAAAAGAUAUUACUGUGUUUAUCAAUAUAGCUCAAAAAUUUUGUGAACUACUAUAGUCUCUAUUGUUAAUAAUGUAUUUCAUAACUAACUAAUACAUUGUUAAAAUCACUCUUGAUUAAUAUACUUGACAAAAGGAUUAUAGAUAAAUACAAAGCUAUAGAAACCAAAUAAAUUUUUAAAUACUUAGUGUGUUAGACCUUUGGAAUAAGUAUCUUCUCUAUUUGAAAUAUAUAUAUGAUAAAUACUUUUUAAAACUAAAAUGUUCUGAAUAUUGCUUUGUUAAGAACUGGUUCUAUUUAGGUAUUGUUCAAGAAAUGUUC